AUGACGACCCGCAAACAUAACGAUUUCCUAGAUAUCGCGGCCAGUGAUGACGAGGCCAGCGGCAGUGACCGCGGCUACGACUCCGAAGCCAAUGUUGCGGAGAGCAAAGGACGGGCCGUGAAGCGGCGGCGGACAACAACCACGCAAGAUUUCUCGCAGGAGUCCGACGAAGAUGUGGACGUGGAGGAGGACGACAAAGAUCUCGAAAAGGAAGCCGAUGAUAACGAGAAUGAAGACGGCGGCGCAAGUCUAGAGGACUCAGCACAACCCAGCAGCAAAUCAGCCAAGUCGCUCAAAGCAAAGGGCAAGCUCGCCAAGCUGUCCAAACUGGCCAACGGCAAAGCACCCAAGAAAACCCGUUCGGGUGUCAUAUACUUCUCUUCCCUCCCGCCAUACCUCAAACCCUUCGCCCUGAAAGGAAUGCUAGAGAAAAGAGGGUUUGAAGGCAUCACGAAGAUCUUCCUAGCCCCUCUUCUCCCCUCCGCAGCCGGCCAUCGAAGCCGCUCGAAUAAGAGAAAGCUCUACACCGAAGGGUGGAUCGAGUUUGCGUCUAAAAAGACGGCCAAGAUCUGCGCGGAGACCUUGAAUGCGACUAUUGUGGGUGGUUUGAAGUCGAGCUGGUACCACGAUGAUGUGUGGAACAUCAAAUAUCUCUCACGGUAUUCCUGGGAGGAUCUUAUGCAAUCUGUACAACGAGAGAGAUCCGAGAGGGAAAGCAAGAGGAAGAUUGCCGAUGCUCGCGAAGCCAAGGAAGCUAAAAUGUUCAUUGCGGGUGUUGAGAGUGGUCGUAUUGCUGAUGGUAUGGCGAAAAAGAAUGAGGAGAAGAUGAAGAGGCGCUUGGAGGCGGCUGGUGAUGGGGAUAAGGAACUGCCGCAACCCAAGAAGCCUGCGCAGUCUACGAGAAGGCGGUUCCAUUUCCAGCAGAAUGAGGUUGUUAAGGGGUCGAAGGAUGGUGCUAUGGCUGAUGACGCGAAGCGGGUACUUGGGAAGAUCUUUUAA